AUGAAAAGGCAUAUAGCGGAUAAUGAACUCAAUGAAUUACCUACAAAAAAGAUGUACAAUAUAUUUAUUAAAGAAGCUAAUACUUCCAACUGUCCUUCUAUUGAACAAAAAGUAAAGACACUUGAAAAAAGUAAUCCUGGGUUUCAUAAGGUUUCUGACAGAAUACAUAAAGCUUUAUGUUAUGUUUAUAAACAAAAUGAGGAAAAUAAAUUUGUUAUCGCUAAUUGUGAUUAUCUGUACUUUUGGUUAGCUGAUCUAGUAUAUAGUAAUUUAGUAAAUAGAAAAUCGUCUUACACUGUUAUGAAUUCGAUAAAACAUUUUCUGCAAAAUAGUAAGGGUCAGGACAUAUGUAAAUAUGAUAAAUAUAAUAAUAAUUAUAUAAAUGAAAAUAAUUUUAUGGACAUUAAAACAUUAUUUGAUUAUACAAAAGACUAUGAUCGCAUCAAAAAUGAUUUAUACCGGUAUUCUUCGUACUGUAAUCGUGAAUAUAAGGAUCUUCUUGAUAAAUAUAAGUCAGCACAUAAUACGAUAUGCAAUACGUGCGAAACGAAAAGUAAACAGCAUUCAUAUUGCAAAGAUUUUAAUGAAUUUUUAACAGGAAAAAAGAAAUUUGAAUUAACUACCCCGGCAUGUACGGUACAGAUAAGUGCCCAUGAACUUGAACAAAUGCACAAUGAACAAAAAAAGUCGAGAGAACAUAAUAAGAAUCAAGCGGAUUAUCCUCAUGGAGAUAUAAAUAAAUCAGAUUAUAUAACUUCAAAUAAUCCUUCAGCUAC